AUGGCACCGUCGGCUGGAAAGAAGAGGGCGCCGCCCACCGCCGAGGAGAUAGACGAGCGGAAUAUGGUGGGAGUCAACAAGGAGACAGUCACGAAUACCACCUCGAACGACUACCCCGACAACUAUGCAAACGAAGAGCAUGCUUGGGACAAGGACGAUUUUCGUCGGUCCUUCAAGGUGCAAUGGCACGACAAUCAGCAAUUCGAAGCUCAAUUCUCGCUCAUCGGCAUCGAUGCUUCCAUCGCCAAUGCCUUCCGGCGCAUUCUGAUUGCCGAGAUCCCCACGCUGGCCAUCGAGACCGUCUUCGUCAACAACAACACCUCGGUGAUCCAGGACGAAGUUCUUGCCCAUAGACUCGGUCUCAUUCCAUUUACGGGGAGCAAGAAGGUCAUUUGCGACGUUAUGGGUUUCUGGCAGAAACCGGCCGAGGGCGAGGACACCUGGUCUACGACUUUCGACACCAAUACUGUCGGCUUGAGUCUGAAGGCCAAGUGCACGCACAACAAGGAUGCACCGCAGGACUCGAAGGACCCCAAGGUGCUGUACCACAACGCGCACAUCUACGCCAAGGAUAUUACGUUCGACCCCCUCGGUGGCCAGUCCGAGUGGUUUACGGAGGACGACAAGAUCAGGCCCGUCAACCCGGAUAUCCUGAUUGCGAAGCUGCGGCCGGGCCAGGAGCUCGACAUCGAGAUGCAUAUGCACAAGGGCUACGGCUGGGACCACUCCAAGUACUCGCCUGUCGCGACCGCCAGCUACAGACUUAUGCCGACCAUAAAGAUCACGCAGCCGAUCCUGGGCGAGGACGCGAAGAAGUUCGUGCAGUGCUUCAUGCCGGGCGUCGCCGGCGUCGAGAAGGUCACGAGGCAGGAGGCGCGGACUCCCGACAGCGGCUACGAGGGCCAUGAAGGCGAGCUCAAGGUGGUGGUCAAGGAUGCCAUGCGCGACACGGUCAGUCGCGAGGUGCUGCGGCAUCCCGAGUUCGAGGGCAAGGUCAAGCUGGGGCGGCGGAGGGACCACUUCAUCUUCUCGAUCGAGAGUAGCGGCCAGUGGGACAGCGACGAGCUCUUCCUCGAGGCCGUCAAGACGAUGAAGAGGAAGUGCUCGGUGCUCAAGCCGCAGGUCACGAAUAUGGUCUAUACCUUCUAG